GUGUGUGUGUGUGUGUGUGUGUGGGUGUGUGUCCUUAAAUAUAGUAUGUGUGUAUUCUUAAAUGCACAUUGAAAAAAGGCUAGGCUCUGAGAGGAAAGAUGUCUAUUUUUGUAUUAGCCGUUGACCAUAUAACAGGUCCGUCCCCCAACAUCCCCCUCCUAACACACAAAUACGAAACCAACGUUAACAUGCUCUCACUGUGAUACAGAAAUCUGUCAGCAUGACAUUUAUGCUCUACUGUAUGUUGAAUUCCAAUCAUCGAGUUAAUUGUGUUGAUGGUUCUGAAAACAUUUGUUUGGUUAUGAAUUCAAGCAACAUCACUCAAUGCCCAGGUACUGUGUAUUUGUGUUGCUGUGUUUGAUUUCAGAUCAGACAAAUGGAAACAUAUACAUCCCUGUAAUGUUCUGCCUGAGUGAAGCGUUGCUCAUAUCUGUAAUAUUGAAUAUCUACUGCAUAUGCACCAGGAAAAAGAGGCCUCUGAUACAGCGCUGCCACAGAUUCAGUCUUUUCAGACGUUGUGCCCUACUAAUGGAUGAGGAGGCCAAUGAUCAGCAGGAUGAUCAGGCCCAUAAUGGAGAUGUGCAGUACUGCUCUGUGACCUUCCAGAAAAGAAAGACACAGCAAGAGGACCCAGAGAAUGAGCAGCAGCCAUCAGAGAGACAGAAGAAGACACGACAAGAGGACCCAGAGAAUGAGCAACAGCCAUCAGAGAGACAGAAGAAGACACGGCAAGAGGACCCAGAGAAUGAGCAACAGCCAUCAGAGGGACAGAAGUUGCAAGCUGAAGAGAGCGUGUAUUCUGAUGUAAAACAUUUUGGAUGGGAAUAACAUAGAGUUGCAUAUUGCCAUUGAUACUGAGAUAUAUAAAACAUAUCAUAUUAUACAAUAGUUAGGUCUGGUGAAACUAUUUAUUUUUUCUUCUAAUUGGAUGAGAGACAUUCCACGACAUAGGACAUCACAGGACAUCAUCACUCAGGCUUUUCACUGCUUGAAGCCAAUCCUUAUCUUGCACCUAUUGAAUAUCCACCAUGCUGGUACGUUCCAACUGUUCUGUUCAUGCAAAGCAAAAGAGCAGCGACUGCAUAAUAUCACACUUGAUUAUUAUUAUUGAGUAAGGCAAUAAUUGAUAGAACAUAUUUAACACAACUUCUGUUACUCAUUAUAAUGGCACAAAUAACUAGAGGCACCUCAAUGUGUUGGGUUUUUUUAUCUGUAUUUUAUUGUAAUUAUUGUAUAACUGCUUUAUUCAGUGUUGUUCUUUUUUAUACAGUAUAUAAAUAUAGCAGAACUCUCAAAACCUCCCAGUCUCUCAUUUUUAUGUUACGGCUUGCCUUUUUUAUUCCCAGUAAGACUCAAUACUGCCCCCCUGUGAUUUUAAUUGCAGUUAUAUUUAUUACUGCCAGGAGAGGGCACCAUCACCCCAUAUUUAAACACAAGGCAUUUGACAAUACGUGGCAAGCUGCGAGUUACAUUAUUCUGCUGUAAAGGGCAACUCUUAGGGCCAGAGGUUAACACCAUAUUCACACUGUG